CUGGCCAGAACAGACGCGACACGCCGCCAUAGUUAUUAAUUAACCAGACACCUGGCGGGAAAAAUCACUCGUCCACUUCCGCGCGGCUCCAUUCUGCACUUCACUUAUCAUGAAUUUGUCGCUAUAUCGCGUCUCUCCCUCCUCAUCGGCGCCGCCAUCGCAAUGACAGUGUCGACUAGUCUGAGUCGCACCGAGACUCUCUCAUUGUUCUCACUGUCGGCCGCCUGUGUCGGCAUCAUCGCAAACACAUUUCAAGGCGACGGCGAACCCUUGAUCGCAUCAAUAGCUUUCAGCGGAAUUGCGUACGCUUCGACAUAUGCUCUCAUAAGAUGGUUGGGAGACGUGUUCAUGCGAGCGGGCCUGAAGGGCAGAGACAUGUCCAAGACAAGAACAGAUGAGAUUCCAGAGACAAUGGGCGCUGUAUGCGCUGUGGUCUACCUGCUCAUCAUCAUCGUCUUCAUUCCCUUCCCGUUCUACAAAGACAUCGUCAUGGCCACGUCAGGAGGUGGAAAUCGCGAUCUGGUGCUGGAGGUCCAGCACGUCGAGACUGGCAGACUGCUGCACCGGUUCCCGCAUAGCAAGUUAUCAUCCUACUUGUCCGCAAUCCUCUCUAUCCAAUCUGUAGUUUUGCUCGGAGUAGGUGACGAUCUAUUCGACAUUCGAUGGCGGCACAAGCUGUUCAUUCCAGCAUUCGCGGCGAUACCAAUGCUCAUUGUCUACUUUGUAGACUUUGGUGUUACCCAGAUAGUCAUACCCACACCACUGCGUUCCUACUUCGGAGCGCUGUUUGAUCUGGGGUGGUUAUACUACGCAUAUAUGGCAGCAAUAUCAAUAUUCUGUCCAAACAGUAUCAACAUAUUCGCAGGCAUCAAUGGUAUCGAGGUGUCUCAAUCACUGGUCAUUGCCUCCUUGAUCUGCCUCAAUGAUGCUCUAUACCUCUCACCCUUUACUGAGUAUCCACACCCGGCGACAGACUCGCAUCUGUUCUCCCUAUACCUCCUGCUUCCGUUUAUUGGAGUAUCAUUAGCACUCUGGGCACAUAAUUGGUAUCCUGCGCGAGUUUUUGUGGGUGACACAUACUGCUAUUUCGCAGGAAUGAUCUUCGCCGUUGUCGGCAUUCAGGGACAUUUCAGCAAGACGCUGUUACUGCUGUUCAUGCCGCAGAUUUUCAAUUUUAUAUACUCAGCGCCGCAGCUCUUCCACAUCGUGCCUUGUCCCCGACAUCGGCUCCCGAAGUUCAAUGCAAGGACAGGACUGCUAGAAUGCUCCACAGCAGAAUUCAGAAAACCACUUUCGCCAUUGGUAUCCGCUGUUAUGAGGCUAAUGCACCGCCUCAGGCUACUUCGGAUCGUCGAAAACGAUGCCGGACAGAUAACGGAGAGUACCAAUUUCACCAUCAUCAAUCUGUGGCUGGUAUGGUUUGGCCCAAUGAGAGAAGACCGUUUAGCUAUAGGACUGCUCACUAUGCAGACCAUAGUGGGUCUCGUAGGGCUGUUCAUCCGGCACCGGCUUGCACUGUGGGUGUUUACAGCAGACAAUUUGCAUUAUACAUAUUCCUCUGCCUAAGUCAGGCCAAAGCCAUGGUUCUGAUAAGCUGCAACAGGAACCUCAGCAACAAGUAAAUGAAUGGCAUAUAUAGACCUACAUGUAUAUAGAUAAUGCACCCACCUCCUGAAGAAGGGGAAGACAGCCACUGAUCG